AUGGUUCUCUGGGGCUACCAGCUUUUCUUGCAUGGCAAUGUCUGGAAGCUUGAUAUCCCAGUCGGAGACUGCAGUAAGAGCAACCACAGAAUCAAGGACGCUCACACUCUUACUUUGCAGUUCAACAAGAUAGCAAGUGACCUCUUCAGUAACAAUGUACUGUGCUUCAAAGUCAGGAGGUGGAGGGUGCCAGCCUCUUUCAAUAAGUGCAUCCGCUGCUUCCUUAACAUCGUCCACAACAAUGUUAUCUCGAUGAUGACCCGGGGGAUAGUUAGAACAGACGGCAGGGCGAGUCGAUACGGCUCCAGCAGAGGUGUCGACGCGAAUGGUGGGAGCAAAGAGGAUGAUCGAGGGGCGGUAGGCCUGCUGUUGCCUGGCGAAGGCCAAGUCGAAAAAGGCGCCAAGAACCCAGCGAGGCUUGACUUGGCUUUGACUAGCAAUCAGCAUGGAGACCCCAACUCUUCCGCCUCUUUCCACCACCCAUGA